GAAGAAGUGCAAUUGGACUCAAACUCUAAAGCAAGUAAGCAACACGAUAUUUUUAGACAGAAGUAUCUGGGAAGCCGACAUUGUUAGGCUGUCAAUCUACUCGAUUCCACUUGUGACCUAACCUGAAAUCUCAUAUUUGCCCUUCAACAGAUAUACAAAAUAUAAACUGCGUUCAUGCACAUAAGCUCGCACAAUAAUCGCGCAUCCGACGCCUCUCAUUAUUGCACUCCAUCUCCCUCGCUGCCUAUAAAUUCCUACUGCCAAAACCGAAACCUACCAACUCAACGCUAGAGCGACGAAUAGGGUAGGCGGUGAGAGAGAGAGAGACGGAUAGGAUUGAUAGUUUUAGAGCAAUUGAUCGAUCUAUGCAACCGAGGAAGAAGAACCCAUCGGUUGUGAAUCAGGCCAUCCCUUCCCAAUUUGGAUUCUGUGAAUGCUGCUUCUCUGAUUAUGAUUAUUAUGAGCUGGUUUGAUGAUAAUCUCCGCGUCGCUUCCAAUCUCAGCCGCUUCAUUGCCGGCCUUUUGUUGUUCCUCCUUUAUCACUCUUCUCAAUUGAUUUCUAAUUUCCCUGUUCCUAUACACCCGUAAAUUUCCCCCUUUUCUUUUCGAAAUCGAAAUUGCGUUUUUGUGAGAACGAGUUUGGUUGCCGUUGCUUCUUGGAUUUCCUGGGAUUUGGUGUUUGGAAUUUCAGAGGAUAAAGGAGGUAGAGAUAGAUUUUGGUGUUGUCGUUUCAUGGAACUCAAAUAUGGCGGCGAUUCGCUCUCCAGCGGAUUUUACGACGGCCUUUAUGCAUCCCUUGCUGAGAGAUCACACAGUGCCUCGCCUUCUGUUAUUGUUGUUGGUGGGGGUAUAUCAGGGAUUGCUGCUGCGCGCAUGCUUCAAAAUGCAUCUUUUAAGGUGAUCUUGUUGGAAUCUCAAGAUAGAAUUGGUGGGCGCAUCCUCACGGAUUACUCAUUUGGUUGCCCAGUUGAUAUGGGAGCAUCAUGGUUACAUGGUGUUUGCAAUGAGAAUCCCUUGUCUCCUGUUAUCCGUCGAUUGGGCCUCACAAUGUAUCGUACAAGUGGCGACGACUCAAUUCUGUAUGAUCAUGAUUUGGAAAGUUAUGCACUUUUCGACAUAAAUGGGCAACAAGUUCCUCAAAGUAUAGUUACUGAAGUUGGAGUUGCAUUCAAGAAAAUCCUUGAGGAGACGGAUAAAGUGAGGGAUGAGCAGACCAAUGACAUGUCUGUUAAGGAAGCAAUUUUGAUUGUGCUUGACAAGAAUCCAGAAUUAAGACAAGAAGGCCUUGCUUAUGAAGUGUUGCAGUGGUAUAUAUGUAGAAUGGAGGCUUGGUUUGCUGCAGAUACAGAAAUGAUAUCACUGAGAGCCUGGGAUCAGGAACAAGUCCUUUCCGGUGGUCACGGGCUUAUGGUGCAAGGGUAUGAUCCUGUGAUAAAGGCCUUGUCAAGAGAUAUUGAUAUUCGCUUAAAUCAGCGGGUAAAAAAGAUUGUCAAUGGGUAUAAAAAGGUCGAAAUAACAGUUGAAAACGGGAGGAACUUUGUUGCAGAUGCUGUAAUUCUCACUGUCCCGUUGGGUGUUCUAAAGGCUAAGAUAAUCGAGUUUGAGCCUAAACUACCUGAAUGGAAAUUGUCUGCAAUAUCAGAUCUUGGGAUAGGGAAUGAGAACAAGAUUGCAUUGAAAUUUGACCAUGUGUUUUGGCCUAAUGUGGAGUUCUUGGGCGUUGUAGCCAACACUUCUUAUUCUUGUGGGUACUUUCUGAAUCUGCACAAGGCAACGGGUCAUCCGGUCCUUGUGUACAUGGCAGCUGGAGCUCUUGCUAACGACCUUGAGAAGCUGUCUGACGAGGCUGUUGCUGAUUUCGUGAUGGUGCAGCUGAAGCGAAUGUUCCCCGAUGCCACUGACCCUGUCCAGUAUCUUGUAUCACGUUGGGGAACGGAUCCCAACAUCCGGGGAUGCUACUCGUAUGAUGCAGUAGGGAAUUCGGAUGAUAUAUAUGACCGGCUGCGAGAGAGCGUGGGGAAUAUCUUCUUCGGAGGUGAAGCAGUGAGUGUGGAACAUCAAGGCUCUGUUCAUGGUGCGUAUUCGGCAGGAGUUAUGGCGGCUGAAAAAUGUGAGAUGCAUCUAAUGCAGAGGAUGGGAACGCUGGAAAGGAAUCCCCUCGUUGCUUGUCGUGAGGAAAUUGUUGAAAUAACAGUUCCUCUUCAGAUCUCUAGAUUGUGAGAUUCUUUUUAAUUUCUGAGAUUUGGCAUAAGCCUUCAAUCUUACCUUCAAACUUUCUCUAUUUCGUCUUUCUAGUUUCAGUAAUACUUUAUUAUCACUUUGAUACUACUUACUGUCCACAGUAAUUAGUAAUGAGCAAAUCGAACGACUUCUUUGAUCA